ACUUCAAUGACUCAUGCACUUGCACACACCCUGGUGUCAUCUGCAGUUCGAGGUCACUUAUAUCGAUCAAGUGUGUCUCGAUAUCGGUGUGAUCGAAUAUCGAAACUUUGUUGAUAUUUUUUAGGACUAGUAAUGUGGAGAGUGUAAUACAGCGACGUGUUUUGUGUCAUGUGUGUAAUGUGUGUUUUGAUUUGUGUUCAUAUUGAGAUGAACUAUCUCAUGUAAGCUACCUGAGUUAUACAAAUAAAAAACUCAUUUUGCAAUAGCAUCAAAAUGAAGAGAAGCAAAGCUAUAAUAUUCGGAAAAAUAAACGCUGAUUGUUUACGAAAUCCAGCCGAAGAAACCAGUGCCGUAAAGACAGUGGGCACUUUCGGUACCUUUGGUAGCAACCAGAAAAACGAUACAACAAAAGAUGAGGAAUACAAAGACACGGAGGCGAAAGGUAUUUACGAAGUUAUGGGUUUCGGUGGUUUUGGAAAAAAGUCCAAGCAGUUCGACAUCGAGGAGAUGGUCACUGAAGCAACGGAGACUGCUAGAAUAAGACACAAAGAUGCACUUGAGAAAACUACUGACAAACUGAAGCCACUUUCUCUGUCAAAUGAUCCGUCAGUUCCUUCGCCUAACGACAGUUCCGACAGUGAAUCGAAUGAAGAGGACUUAAUUGGACCUCCGGUGCCAAAAGAUCUGUCAUCCACGCAGGAUGAUAGAACUGAAAAAUUAGGAGUGGACCCCAGUGCCGAAAGAAAUCAUGCCGUAGACAGUAGUGAUGAAGACAAUAGCGAUGACGAGCAAGAUCUUACAAAAAGUAUACCAAUGAGCCAUGAAGUAGAAAUGCUGCAUGGUUCAAAAGCUGUCACAUCUGUAGCGGCUGAUCCGGCUGGUGCCAGGUUAGCUACCGGUUCCAUCGACUAUGAAAUAAGGUUCUGGGAUUUUGCUGGCAUGGACGCUUCUUUGCAAAGUUUCCGAACUUUACAGCCAUGUGAAAAUCAUCCAAUUCUUAGUUUACAGUACUCCAUCACUGGUGAUGUUAUUUUAGUAGUGUCAAGUUCAUCACAGGCGAAGGUACUGGAUAGAGAUGGAUUCGAAGUUCUAGAAUGUGUCAAAGGAGAUCAGUAUAUAAGCGAUAUGGCGAGAACAAAAGGCCAUACAGCUUCUCUGAAUGGUGGCUGCUGGCAUCCAAAAGUAAGGGAAGAAUUUUUGACCUGUUCUCAAGAUAGUACCUUACGUCUUUGGGACAUUGAGAAACCAAACCUCCACAAAAGUUUAAUAAAGUGCCGAGCACAGAAUGGACUGAAAACUGCACCAACUGCAUGUGCUUAUAACCGUGACGGAUAUUUGAUUGCUGCUGGUUGUAUUGAUGGGUCAUUGCAGAUGUGGGAUCACCGGAAAAUGUUUGUCAACACAACAUUAAUGCUCCGUGGGGCUCAUCAGAAUGGUUCAGAAAUAUCAUGCAUUUGCUUUUCAUAUUUAGGAAAUUCAUUGGCCACUCGCAGUUGUGAUGAUACCAUGAAAUUGUGGGAUAUUCGUGCCUUCAAAAAGCCUCUUACUGUUUUUGAAGACUUGUUUUCCCGCUAUCCAACAACAGACUGUAUGUUUAGUCCUGACGAUCGUAUGCUGAUAACUGGAGAAAAUAUGAAAAAAGACAGUACAUCGGGAAGGCUGCUUUUUUAUGAUACUUCUUCAUUUACAAAAGUUAAUGAAAUCUCUGUGACAGAUUCUCAUGUGAUAAGAACACUCUGGCAUCCAAAGCUAAAUCAGAUAUUUGUUGGCUGCGGUAAUGGGACUGUGAAAGUUUACUAUGAUGAAAAGCGCAGCCUUAGGGGCGCUAAGUUAUGUGUAGUUAAAACGCACAGAAAAGUGAAACAAGUUGGUGUUGUUGCUGCUCAGCAGAUAUUGACACCCCAUGCAUUACCCAUGUUCCGACAAGAAAAGCCAAAGUCAAUAAGAAAACAAAUGGAAAAGGACAGGCAUGAUCCUGUGAAGUCGAGGAGGCCUGAUCUGCCCAUUUCUUCUGGACAAGGUGGCCGUGUCGCACAGUCAGGUGGUACUCUUAGUUCAUAUGUUAUACGCAAUCUAGGUUUAAGCAAACGUGUGGAAGAUGACCAGGAUCCACGAGAAGCCAUACUUCGCUUUGCUAAAGAGGCUGCAGAGAAUCCUUAUUGGGUUUCUCCAGCUUACUCAAAGACACAGCCAAAGCCUAUUUUUCAGACUGAUGAGGAUGAUGAAACAGAGGAAUCUGCAUCAAAGAAACAAAAGACAGAGUAAAUGAUUUAUCAUCAUAUGUUGUCAGUGAGAUGUUUAUGUAAGGUGGUAGCACUUGUGACUGCGUGUACUAUACGUUGAAGCUUUUCAUGAUGAACUGCCACCAUUGUUAAUUUUUGUGGCACAAUAUUAUUUGUGGGUGAGUUACCACAUCAUAUUUCUCAGAAAAUAAUUCUUUAUUGAGAAGGAAGAGUUUUAUGAAAGCAACUAGCAGAUUAUAUCAAAUCUUACAUGCCUCCACUUCAAAAUAGCUUUUGUAAAUAUGUUAUGACAGUUCAUUGUACUCAUAAUCUUGUAAUAUUGUUGUAUUUACGCAUAUAAGUUUAAUUAUAAAUGUACUUUGUAUGAUGAAAUAUUGGCUGUUAACAUAUUAUUGUGCUACUAUAAAAGAAAAAUAAUAAAUACAUAGCCAGUU